AUGUUUUAUCUUCUUAACUUCAUUUUUCUUCGUUUUUUUUUUAACUCUUUUCUUCAUUUUCUCUUCCUCUCUUUCUUUUCUCACCUUAUUUCUAAUCCUUUUCUUCCUCGCCUCUUUCUUUUUUUUCUUUUUUCUCUUCUACACCUCUUCUUAUUUCUCUUCUUUUUCCCCUUCAUUUUUCUUCUCGCUAUCUAUUUCUGUUUCUCCUCAUUUUCUUCUUUCUUAUUUUUUCUUUCUUGUUUUUUUUUCUCCACACUUUUCUAUCUCUUAGCCCUUUCUUCUUCUUCUUCUUCUUCUUCUUCUUCUUCUUCUUCUUCUUCUUCUUCUUCUUCUUUCUUUCUUUCUUUUCCUUCUUUCUUCCUCCUCAGCGGUCUUUUCUUUCUUUCUUUCUUUCUUUCUUUUCAUUUCAUAAUACUUACAAAUAUACAUUGGAUUUCCUUUUCUCUUUCUAUAUUUCAGCUUCCUUCUCACCGGUCUUUUCUUUCUUUCUUUCUUUCUUUCUUUCUUUCUGUUGUAAUUCAACACUUUCUUUCUUUCUUUCUUUCUUUCACCCAUCCUUCCUCUUUCUUUCUUUCUUUCUUUCUUUCUUUGGUUUUUUCGUCUUUCUUUCAUUCGUUCGAUCGUCUUUUUUCUUUUUUUAUUCUUCUUCUUUAUUUCGUUUUUCUUUUCAUUCUUUCUUUUUUCUUUCAUUCUUUCUUGUUCGAUAUUGUUGUUUUAAUUUAUUUUCUUCGUUAUCAUUCCGGCAAGUAA